UUUUUAAAUAAAUAUUUAGGGAGAGAGAAAAGUCAUGUCGUUGGUCAAAUGUUGUUUCGAGACGCAGAAUGAAACGGCAACGAAUUCACAAAUCCCCGAAUGUUUGGAUUCAACAUUUUCCAAAUGUUCAGAUCCCUCUUACUGCCUUCCUUGCACCUGCAUGCGCCCGAGAUAUAAACGCCUUGUGGAUAACAUAUUUCCAAAUGUUCCCCAAGAAGGCCUUAACAAAAGCAACAUGGAAAAGCUCACAUUUUAUUCAUUGUCGUCACCCGAAAAGCUCGACAGGAUUGCUGAAUAUCUCUAUCAAAGAGCUUCAAGGGACAUAUCUAGAAAAAGGAUUGGAUAUGUUGUUAUGGCCAUGGAAGCAAUGGAUACUCUGUUGAUAGCCUGCCAUGCGCAAACGCUCAAUCUUUUUGUUGAGAGCUUCCUCCGUAUGAUUCAGAAACUUCUAGAAUCCACUGAACCUGAUUUGCAAAUCUUAGCAACACAAUCUUUUGUGAAAUUUGCAAAUAUCGAAGAAGAUACACCCUCGUAUCACAGGAGAUAUGACUUUUUUGUAUCGAAGUUUUCUUCCAUGUGCCACAAUGCAAACAACAAUGCUGAAGUUAGGCGACAAAUACGAUUAGCAGGAAUUAAGGGACUUCAGGGUGUGAUUAGGAAAACAGUUGCCGAUGAUCUUGUAGAAAAUAUUUGGGAACCGACGCACAUGGAUAAAAUCCUCCCAUCCCUCCUUUUUAAUAUGCAAGACAAUAAUUAUUUAAGCCGCAGACCGAAGACUACUCGUUACUAUCAACAGGAUAGCGCCACAACGGAAGCAGAAGAUUCAACAGAUCCUGCAUCCGUUGCAGAUGCCUGUAUACGUGAAUUAAUCGGAAGAGCUUCUUUUGGUCACAUCCGCUCUUUCCUGAAACCUGUUCUGAGGCAUCUAGACAACCAUAACCUGUGGGUCCCAAAUGAUUUUGCAGUACAUACCUUUAGGAUAAUUAUGUUUUCCAUACAGAACCAAUAUUCAUAUGCAGUAGUCGAGCAUCUGAUGUACCACCUUGAUGAAAAUUACUCAUCAUCACCUCCAAUUCGUAAAAGUAUAACUGACGUUCUUUCAAAAAUUAUCUCUAUCUCUGCAGAGGAAAGCGUAGGACCAUCUGUGCUGGAAAUAAUAAAUUCUCUCCUCGGACACCUUAAAGGAGCUACUUCGAGGCGCCACGAUUCAGAAGAGCUCGGUUAUAUGGAAUCACUCAUCGACUGUCUAGGGGAGUUUACGUCCCAUCUUCCAGACUACCAAAUGGUUGAAAUUAUGGUUUUUAUCAUGUCCAAAGUCCCGUUGAACCCUCAGUUGGAUGUUCUACUUCGUGAAAUGUUAUUGAAGUGUUUGCUCAUUGUUGGAAGGAAGUACACAAAUACACUCAUGUCCGCUACAUUUCCUUCAUCUCUUCUCAGUCCUCUGCUUAGACUUAACACUGACAAGCAGAGUGUGCUAUUAGUACAGGACAUCAUGCAGACACUCCUUGAUCGACAAGGCAAUCUUGAAAAACUCAAGGAACCAACGAUUCCUAUUCCCAGUUUGACGGUGGUUCAGUGUUCAAGAGGUGACACUAUGUUCCUAAGGAAAAAUGAGGAUGAGAUCUACACAACGCUGAUUGAACGUAUGGCUGAACGUGACCAAUCAUCUGAAGUUAUUUGCUCAGUAUACACAACACUUGCACUCUUUGGUGUUGAACUUUUGAACAUCCACACAGUCGCUGGAUACAUCUCGAUGAUUUUUAGAAUCCAAGAAGUCUCUUUGAAGCAGGUUCAUAUGCCUAUUGCACAAAAGGCGAACCUGCAUAUCGUUACUAUAGCCCUCCUCGAUCUCGUUGUUAAAGUCAUGAAUUUAAAGCCUUUAGAACAAUACGUGACUUCUAUUGUUGACCAGAGACAAGCAAAUGCUCAUUACCUCCUUCCUCCACUUCAUUCAAAAAAUGGCGUAAAAGAACUUGCAUUAGAACCAAAUCUGUAUGCUGAUGAAGUAAAGCUAGGUGACUGCCUUCGUGAAUCGGGCAUAGAUGUGGCAAAUAUUUCACGAGUGUUGACUCACCGGCAUUCUUGGGUAGAAUCAUCGGGUGUAAAUCUUAAAGGAUCGCUUAACGACUUGAACCAAUUUGAGGUGGAUUCAGCGAGUUCAACACCUGGACUACAACGAAAACAUCCAUCUGAAGAGUUGAGCUUCGAAGCGAUGAAAAAAGUACUAAACGAAUCUGCUGAAACACUUCGCGCAGAGAUGAAGAAACACGAAAGAAAGUCGUCAUUCCGUACAAUAUCAUUCCAAGACAUCAUCACAUAUCACACUGUAAAAGACGAAGAUACAUUACAUAGCAAGCUUGAUGUGAUUUUGAGUCGAAUCCCCAGCAAAGACACUCCAAACCCAUUUGAGCAUCUCAUUGCUACGGAUCUUUAUCCAUUCUAGGAGUUCUAAUAACUUUUAAUUGUGUAAAUAUUGUAAAUUAAUUAUAUUGUAAAUGAAUGUAAACAUAAAAAUAGUUGAUUAGAGUUGUUUAACAUUUAUAUGCAUUUAAUUUAUUUGUUUAAACAGAAUAGAACAAAUGUUAUCACAAUUACGAGAUGUAAUAUAUUGUUUAUUUGUUUAUAUAUUUAGUUUAGCAAUGAAUUUACAAAAACGUUUCUUAAAGAUCUCCAAUUUGAAUUUGGAAAGUACUAUAAAUCACCAUAAUUGAUAAUAAAUAGACAGUUAUUAUGAAUUAAUUGUGUCAAAAUUUAUUCAUACAAGAUUCAAACGUUCGUUUUAUGUAUGUGCUUUUGGAUAAUUACAUAUGUAUAUGCCAAUAUUAUCUCAUAAAAA